CGACAGACAACCAUUUUCUCUUUGGACGCCAGAACAAAACACCUUUUAUUUUCCUUUUUCUGUCUUCCUCCCCACACCAUGACAGACAGAGUAUACCCUUCAUCCAAACAAUCAACAAACGCCGCCGCAAACCCUUACUUUCCGCCAACUAAAGCUCAACGCUAUGGAGCGGCCCGCCCUCUAUACCGACCCCAAACCAAGCGCCACCGUCGUUCAUGUUGUUGUGCUUGUUGCCUCUGGACCACCGUAGCUAUCCUCGUAAUUCUCCUCCUCGCCGCCAUAGCCACCGCUAUCCUAUACGUCCUUUACCGUCCCCACCGCCCUACUUUCACAGUCUCCUCCCUCAAAAUCUCAACCCUCAAUAUAACAUCGUCUUCAAAACUCACCACCAACAUCAACCUCAACGUAGUAGCCAAAAACCCGAACAAAAGACUCGUGUACAUUUACGACCCCAUCACCGUAUCGCUCACCACGAACGACGGCAUCGAAAUAGGCGACGGCAGGUUCAGUUCCUUCGUGCAUGGAACGAAGAACACGACCCAUUUGAAAGCCGCCAUAACUAGCAACAACCAAGAACUCGAUGAUGGUUCAGCCGGGAAGUUAAAGGCUGGUUUGAAGAACAAGAAGGGUCUGCCAUUGAAGAUGAAGCUUGACACCAAAGUGAAAGCAAAGAUGGGAGCUUUGAAGACGCCAAAGGUUGGGGUUAGGGUUGUUUGUGAAGGGAUUAAAGCUACUGCUCCCAAGGGGAAAUCUGCAGCAACAGCUUCAACUUCUAAUGCCAAGUGUAAGGUUGAUUUGAGGAUCAAGAUCUGGAAAUGGACUUUCUGAUGAGAAAACAAAGAAGAAACGAAGGCUUGAUGUUUGUUUUAUUUUUCAUUAAUUUUGUGUUCAUCAUUAUUUUGGGGUGAU